AUGCCUGGAAAACUCUCCAGGCCGUCCUUCUCCAACGAGGAGAACCCCACGCCUACUCGCCAGCCCCUCUACCUGCCAAACCCGCUUUCCCAGCCCAAUUCGGCCCAGCCUUUGGAAAACCAGCAGGAGGGCCUCUCGUCCUCGCCGUACCAGUACAUGCAAUAUCCGUUGCAGCAGCCUCCUGUGAUAGGCCCGGCUUUCCAGAAUAACCUGAACCCCAACUUCAACAAUAACCAGGAGUUCCACGGCGAGUGGGACCCCUCCAUCAGCAGCGCUGACAGAAACGGCCUGGUUGCUUCGAGAGAUUCCAAGGAAUCCACCCACUCCCGCUCCUCUGUAGACCAGAGCAGCUCAGAAACGUCCCGUUCGCUGAGCGAUCAGGCCAAACCCCGUUCUGCUUCUGGCGGUGUCACGAAAAGAUCCCGGAUGGGCUGCCUUACGUGCCGUCAAAGGAAGAAGCGGUGCUGUGAAACGAGGCCCAAGUGUUCCGAGUGUCUGAGGCUUCGAUUGAACUGUGUGUGGCCCAAGCCUGGAACGGAGCACAAGAACAAGAGCAAGGAGGUGAAGAGCCAGGAGAACACCAUUGAUCACGAUGUGUAUGGCAAGAUCAAGGUGUUGCGGGGCAUUGUGGAGUACCGAUCCUCUUGA